AUGAAGAAGUCUAUUAGCAACAAAAACACUGGUAUAGCAUGGGUAGAUGGCAAAUGCCUAGAAGAUCUACACUUUGUUGCUGAUGUUGCACUACUGAGCAAUACCCCAAAAAGCUACAAAGACAGACAGACAGACAACCUGGCAAAAAGUCAAUUGUUUACUUGUUUUAUUUUUGUUUCUUCCUUUUCCCUGAAUAAACACAUUGGAUUGCAAGGGUUACCAGGUCUUCCAGGAAAGGAUGGAUCCCCUGGACCAAAAGGAGACAGAGGUGCAGAAGGACCAAAAGGAGACUGUGGAGGCACAGAAUGUGAGCUUUUAAAAACUGAAAUAAGUGAUUUACAAGAACAACUGAAGACCCUGAAAGCUACUGUCAGCCAAAUCCAAAAAGCUUGGAUUUUCCAAAAUGGCAAUAGUGCCAGUGAAAAAACAUUUGUAGCCAAUGGUGCUGAAGGUGACUUUGAGACCUCAAAAGCCACAUGUUCCCAAGCUGGUGGCCUGAUUGCUUCUCCAAGGAAUUCUGCAGAGAACAGCGCCAUACAGCAAAUAGUAGUUCGUCAUAACAAAGUAGCAUAUAUUGGAAUAAACGAUAUACAAACAGAAGGUUCAUUUAAGUAUCUAAGUGGCGAAGCAAUAGAAUACUCAAACUGGGCUGCAAGAGAACCAAAUAAUGUUGGUGGAAUUGAAGACUGUGUAGAAGUAUAUUCAGAUGGCAGAUGGAAUGACAAAUCCUGUAAUGAAAAACGAUUAAUAAUCUGUGAAUUUUAAUCUCCCUGACCUUGUAGUUUUCAUUAAAAUUAGUUGUACAAGUUGACUUGCAGCUUUAAAAAUUA